AGGCAGGGAGGGAAGGAGGACGAGGACGAGGCGAGCGAUGCGGCGCGGCCGCGCUGGCUGAGGCGAGAAUCCCAGUAGCUAGGCAGCCUCCCUCUUUUCUUUCCUUCCUUCCUUCCACCCCUUCGCUAUGUAGGAAGGGAGAGGCAUCAAUGGAAAGGCUGAAAUACGCGUAGAUGGACUUUCGGAUGCAUUUUUUCUUGAAAGAGGACGAUAAAUCCCGCUUGCCAGUGCACUGACUUUUGUUGGUGUUGCAUCGCUUGGUAAAAAUGGGGUUCACUCACUCCAGCUGAAUCCUUGGAGCAUUCCAGAGAGUUGCUGCAGUGAAGGACUUAUCUUUAUUUUUUGCAUCAGAGGAGCUGCAUUGAUGUUAACCAUUUUUUUGUAAAAUGGAGAACGAGAUCUUCACACCCCUUCUGGAGCAGUUCAUGUCGAGCCCUCUUGUCACCUGGGUGAAGACGUUCGGACCGCUGGCUGGAGGAAAUGGGACCAACCUGGAGGAAUAUGUGGCGCUGGUGGAUGGAGUGUAUCUGAACGAAGUCAUGCUGCAAAUCAAUCCAAAGUCUGCUAAUCAGAGGAUAAACAAAAAAGUAAACAAUGAUGCAUCAUUAAGGAUUCAAAAUUUGUCUAUUUUGGUGAAACAAAUCAAAACUUACUACCAGGAGACUUUGCAGCAGUUGAUCAUGAUGUCUUUGCCAAAUGUGCUAAUAAUUGGCAAAAAUCCUUUUUCUGAGCCAGGUACUGAAGAAGUAAAAAAGCUCCUCCUGCUUUUGCUCGGUUGUGCAGUUCAGUGUCAGAAAAAAGAAGAAUUUAUUGAAAGAAUCCAAAGUCUGGAUUUUGAUACCAGAGCAGCUGUUGCAGCCCAUAUUCAGGAGGUAACUCAUAAUCAGGAAAAUGUGUUUGACCUGCAGUGGAUGGAUGUCAUUGUGCUGACACAAGAGUAUGUUGAGCCUCUCCUCAAAAAUAUGGCAUUGCAUUUAAAAAGACUUAUAGAUGAAAGAGAUGAGCACUCAGAGACCAUCAUCGAGCUGUCGGAGGAGCGGGACUGUCUCCGUUUCCUGCCGCACGCCUCGGCCGCGCAGUCCCCGUGCGGCUCCCCCGGCAUGAAGCGCACCGAGAGCCGGCAGCACCUGAGCGUGGAGCUCGCCGACGCCAAGGCCAAGAUCAGGAGGCUCAGGCAGGAGCUUGAGGAAAAGACUGAGCAGCUGCUUGACUGUAAACAAGAACUGGAACAGAUGGAAGCUGAACUGAAGAGGCUUCAGCAAGAGAACAUGAACCUGCUGUCGGAUGCCCGCUCUGCCAGGGUGUACAGGGAUGAGCUGGACGCGCUGCGGGAGAAGGCGAUCCGCGUGGACAAGCUGGAGAGCGAAGUCAGCCGCUACAAAGAGAGGCUCCAUGACAUUGAGUUCUACAAAGCCAGGGUGGAGGAGUUAAAGGAAGACAAUCAAGUGCUGCUGGAAACCAAGACAAUGUUGGAAGAUCAGUUGGAGGGGACCCGAGCUCGUUCAGAUAAACUGCACGAGUUAGAAAAAGAGAAUCUACAGCUGAAAGCUAAAUUGCAUGACAUGGAGAUGGAGCGUGAUAUGGACAGAAAGAAGAUUGAGGAGCUCAUGGAGGAAAAUAUGACCCUAGAAAUGGCUCAGAAACAAAGUAUGGAUGAGUCUUUGCAUCUUGGCUGGGAGCUGGAGCAGAUAAACAGGACUACUGAACUUUCUGAAGUGCCACAGAAAUCACUGGGCCAUGAGGUGAAUGAGCUGACAUCCAGCAGGUUACUGAAGCUGGAAAUGGAAAACCAAAGUUUGCUGAAGACUGUGGAAGAGCUCCAAAGUGCAGUGGGCUCUGUGGAAGGCAGCAGUUCAAGGAUUCUGAAAAUGGAAAAAGAAAACCAAAGACUUAGCAAGAAGCUUGAAGAGCUGGAGAAUGAAAUUAGCCAAGAGAAACAAAGUCUUCAGAACAGUCAAAAUCAGAGUAAAGAUUUGCUGAAAGAAAAAGCACAGCUUGAAAAGACACUUGAAGCACUUCGAGAGAACUCCGAGCGGCAAAUUAAACUCUUAGAACAAGAAAAUGAACACUUGAAUCAAACUGUGGCUUCUCUAAGGCAGCGCUCACAAAUCAGUGCUGAGGCAAGAAUGAAAGAAAUCGAGAAGGAAAAUAAAAUCCUCCAUGAGUCUAUCAAAGAGACUAGCAGUAAGUUAAAUAAGAUUGAAUUUGAAAAAAAACAAGUCAGGAAAGAACUGGAACACUACAAAGAGAAAGGGGAGAGGGCAGAAGAAUUAGAGAACGAGCUGCAUCGUCUGGAGAAGGAAAAUGAGUUAUUACAGAAGAAAAUCACCAACCUAAAAAUCACUUGUGAGAAGAUCGAGGCCUUAGAACAAGAGAACUCUGACCUGGAGACGGAGAACAGAAAGCUGAAAAAAACCUUGGACAGCCUGAAAAACCUCACUUUUCAAUUAGAAUCGUUAGAAAAGGAGAAUUCCCAACUCGACGAAGAAAAUUUAGAGUUACGGAGGACAAUUGAAUCCUUGAAGUGUACAAGCAUUAAAGUGGCACAGUUACAGUUAGAAAAUAAGGAGCUGGAGAGUGAAAAGGAGCAGCUCAAAAAGAGCCUUGAACUGAUGAAAGCCUCUUUUAAGAAGACUGAACGCUUGGAAGUCAGUUACCAAGGCCUGGACACAGAAAACCAAAGGCUACAGAAAGCCCUGGAAAACAGCAAUAAGAAGAUUCAGCAAUUAGAGAGCGAAUUGCAAGAUUUAGAGACUGAAAAUCAGACCCUGCAAAAGAACUUGGAAGAGUUAAAAAUCUCCAGUAAGCGCCUGGAGCAGUUGGAAAAGGAGAAUAAGUUGUUAGAACAAGAGACUUCUCAACUGGAAAAGGAUAAGAAACAGCUGGAAAAGGAAAAUAAAAGGCUUCGACAGCAAGCAGAAAUUAAAGAUAGUACCUUAGAAGAAAACAAUGUCAAAAUCAGUAAUCUGGAAAGGGAAAAUAAAUCUCUGUUUAAAGAAAUAGUUGUGUAUAAAGAGUCGUGUCUGCGCCUGAAAGAACUGGAAAAGGAAAACAAGGAACUGGUGAAAAGAGCUACCAUUGAUAAGAAAACCCUGGUCACUUUGAGAGAGGACUUGGUGAAUGAGAAGUUGAAGACUCAACAGAUGAACAAUGAUCUGGAAAAACUGGCCCACGAGCUUGAGAAAAUUGGCUUGAACAAGGAGCGUCUCCUGCACGAUGAGCAGAGCAGUGAUGACAGUAGGUACAAGCUUUUGGAGUCCAAAUUAGAAUCCACACUCAAGAAGUCUCUGGAAAUAAAAGAAGAAAAAAUUGCUGCUUUGGAGGCUCGUUUGGAAGAAUCAACAAAUCUGAACCAGCAGCUGCGUCAGGAACUGAAGACAGUGAAGAAGAACUAUGAAGCUCUUAAGCAGAGACAAGAAGAGGAAAGGAUGGUUCAGAAUUCUCCUCCAAGAAGCGGAGAAGGAAAUCAGUCUGUCAAUAAGUGGGAGAAAGAAAAUCAGGAGACUACUAGAGAAUUACUGAAAGUUAAAGAUAGAUUAAUCGAGGUGGAGAGGAAUAACGCGACGCUGCAGGCGGAGAAGCAGGCGCUGAAAACGCAGCUCAAGCAGCUCGAGACACAGAACAACAACCUGCAGGCCCAGAUCCUGGCCCUGCAGAGACAGACUGUGUCCCUGCAGGAGCAAAACACAACUCUGCAAACUCAGAAUGCCAAGCUGCAGGUUGAGAAUUCCACGCUGAACUCCCAGAGCACGUCCCUGAUGAACCAGAACGCGCAGCUGCUGAUCCAGCAGUCGGCCCUGGAGAACGAGAACGAGGCGGUGCUGAAGGAGCGCGAGGACCUGAAGGGACUCUACGAGGCCCUGCUCAAGGACCACGAGCGCCUGGAGCAGCUGCACGAGCGCCAGGCCGCCGAGUACGAGUCGCUCAUCGCCAAGCACGGCAGCCUCAAGUCUGCUCACAAGAACCUGGAGGUGGAGCACAAGGACUUGGAGGAUAGGUACAAUCAGUUGCUGAAACAGAAAGUGCAGCUGGAAGAACUGGAGAAGGCUCUCAAGACAGAGCAGGACAAAAUGCUGCAGCAAAGUGAGAAGCACGAAACUGUGGCAGCAGAAUAUAAAAAGCUUCGGGAUGAAAAUGAAAGGCUCACUCACACCUACAGUCAGCUCCUGAGGGAGAAUGAAGUGCUGCAAACUGACCACAAGAAUCUGAAAACAUUAUUGAACAAUUCCAAACUGGAGCAAACACGGUUGGAAGCUGACUUUUCCAAACUCAAGGAACAGUACCAGCAACUGGAUAUUACAUCAACAAAGCUAAAUAAUCAGUGUGAGCUGCUCAGCCAACUUAAAGGAAACCUGGAGGAGGAAAACAGACACCUGCUGGAUCAAAUCCAGACAUUAAUGCUGCAGAACAGAACAUUACUGGAGCAGAACAUGGAAAGCAAGGAUCUCUUCCAUGUGGAGCAAAGGCAGUACAUUGACAAACUAAAUGAAUUGAGGCGGCAGAAGGAGAAACUGGAGGAGAAGAUAAUGGAUCAGUAUAAAUUUUAUGAGCCAUCUCCACCAAGAAGAAGGGGCAACUGGAUCACCCUGAAGAUGAGGAAGCUGAUCAAGUCCAAGAAGGACGGGAACCGCGAGCGCCUCAAGUCGGUGGCGCUGACGCCCACGCGCUCCGAGUCCAGCGAGGGAUUCCUGCAGCUGCCCCACCAGGACAGCCAGGACAGCUCCUCCGUGGGCUCCAACUCCCUGGAGGAUGGGCAGACCCUGGGCACCAAAAAGAGUAGCAUGGGUGCACUGAAAAGACUGCCCUUUUUGAGGAACAGACCGAAGGAAAAAGACAAAAUGAAGGCCUUCUACCGUCGCUCCAUGUCCAUGAAUGACCUGGUGCAGUCCAUGGUCCUGGCAGGAGGACAAUGGACAGGUAGUUCUGAGCAUCUGGAGGGUCCUGAUGAUAUAUCCACGGGUAAAAGGAGGAAGGAAUUGGGAGCUAUGGCCUUCUCUACUACAGCUAUCAACUUUGCCACUGUCAACUCCUCCACAGGCUUCAGAUCCAAGCAGUUGCUAAAUAAUAAAGAUACUACAUCCUUUGAAGAUGUAAGUCCACAAGGUAUUAGUGAUGAUUCUAGUACAGGAUCAAGAGUUCAUGGAGUACAGGACUUUAUCUGUGCAGAUGCUCUUGCUCCUCCUGUCCGUGGCAUUCCAGCCCUGUGCAGGGUUCCCUGUCAGAUCUGUUCUUCCAGACCAGCCAGCCUUGAUAGUGGCAGGACAUCCACUAGCAAUAGCAAUAACAAUGCUUCACUCCAUGAAGUCAAAGGUGCAGUGAACAGCCAGAGCAGGCCCCAGAGCCACAGCAGCGGGGAGUUCAGCCUGCUGCACGAGCACGAGGCCUGGUCCAGCAGCAGCAGCAGCCCCAUCCAGUACCUGAAGGGGCACACCAGGUCCAGCCCGGUGCUCCAGCACAGGACGCCCGAGACGCCCGAGAGCCGUGGCAAACAGACCAAAACGGGCUCCCCUGGCAGUGAAGUUGUCACCCUGCAGCAGUUCCUGGAAGAAAGCAACAAGAGUAACUCCAGCGAGAUGAAAUCUGCAAGUGAAGAGAACCUUUUAGAUGAAGUGAUGAGGAGCUUGUCUGAGUCUGCGGAGCUGGCAGGGAGGGAGAAGCUCCGAAAGCAGCCUGCAGCUGGCUGUGGGAUCGUGAGAUCCCUGAGCGUCAGAAACACAGUGGAUUUCUCGGAUGGACGAUCCCUCAAACCAGAGCAGCUGGCGAGGCCCAGCCUCCGGAAGGCUGAAGAUCUCUACUUCAGCAGCUCUCCAAUCAAAUUCACCCCCGGCGCCCCGGGGAAGGCCCGGUCCGUGAAGGAAAAGAUCCAAGCAACUGUGACCCAGCGACAAUCCAGGGACUGCAACCCCUACGCCACCUUACCUCGUGCCAGCAGCGUCAUUUCCACGGCAGAAGGAACCACCCGAAGGACGAGCAUCCAUGAUUUUUUGUCUAAGGACAGUAGGCCGCCCGUGUCCGUGGAUGCAGCCCCGGCCGACAGGAGCGCUCCGCCCAGCUCCAGUGAGUACCCGGCGCUGCGGGUGUCCUCUCCUUGUGUUCACUGUGUGCCUGCCAGGGGGGAGCGCGGCCCGCAGGGCGAGGCAGCUCCCUCGCUCGCACCGCGUCACGUAGGAGGUAACCCUGAGCUUCCCAAGCCUUCCAGGAUGGAAAGGCCAGGUUGUCGUGAGAGGACUUUGCCGAGCGCGGGUGUGUUCUGGGAUAAAGCCAGCGGGUCUGGGAGUGGUAGUGCAGGGUCCUUCGCUGCGCCCCAGCCCUUCUUAUCCCUCAACACCGAGUUAGUCAGCAAUAUCAGUGGAUUGCCCCCGAGAUCCACCUCCAAAGCGGCCGACCAGGCAAACGUGUCGGCGUUUAGGUCAGUGCUGAGGAGCCAGGAACAGCCUUGUGCUGCUCCAAAGGCUCAGGGUGACCCACGGGCGGCUCUGGCCAGGGACCCUGUCCCUGCCUCCGGCCCCGGCGAGGCCCAGUCCCCGCUGCUGGUCUCGGAAGAUAACCAGACCCUGUGGUAUGAGUAUGGCUGUGUAUGAAAGAAAGUUGUGUUAUUAAAUAUUUAUGUCUAACAUGCCAUAAAGGUGUUCUCCAUGUCCACUGGAUGACAGAGAAAACUUCCCUCCAGUGAAGGAAUCAUUCCUGGUUUAUCCGCGGGGCGGUUGUUCCCUGCGGACGGUGGCUGUGGACUGUGGCAUGUUUGAAUGUGGAAUUGUAACCCCACCAAAGUCUGCAUGAAACAUUAAUUGCACUGUGUAUAUUUUGCAUGCUUUUAUAAUACAAGCUCUAUUUUUAUUUGUCACGCAUUGCAAAUAUUUUGGUGUUUUCCUGUUGGUUACUGCUGCAUGUUAAACCAAGCGCAUGCCCGGAACGGCGCAGGGAACAGCAUUCCUGGGACAAGGACAGCACUGGCACUGGAGCUCGAGCUCUCAGGGCUAUCAAUAACACACUGAAUAUCUACCUGGGGGAAAAAAAAAUCUUCUUUCAAAAAUUAAUUACUAAUGGGGAGAAGCAAUUGGAGAGAUCUCAGUGUCUUCUUGCCCUUUUCAUUUAUGCCGUGUCAUGGCAUAAAUGCACGAGGAACAAGUGCCCAGUAAUCCAAAUAAUUCAGUGCCUCUAGUUCACACAGUAAAUAUUAAUUACUGUCCAUACUGAGUAAUAAACACAUAGACCAUGCAUAACCCUGAACAGAAAUGAUAAUUCUUACAAAGAGGUGUUAAGUAGUUGCAUGAUACACAGCACUUGUCAUGAAAAAAUGACCUUUUCCACCUUUUCCCUUUGGUCUGCUUUGUCUUUCCAGUCAUGGGUACAACUGUGGUGAUGUGUUUGGUUUUAUCAGGGGUCAGAUAACAGGCUCCUUGUGAUGCAUGGGAAUAAAAAACUGUCUUGAGUAUGGUGGAAAUUCAUUUUUUCUUGUCAAUGGAAAUACCACUGAUGUAAUAGAAAACAAAUGGUGUAACAAAAUAACAGAAAAUGUUAAAUUAAUGCAGUUGAAUAAAAGAAAAAAUAACAAAGUUGCUUGCAAGGUUGUGGGAGGAUAUGAAUGCUUCAGCACAUAACUCUUUAAUUUCCAGCUGAGCAGCUACAGAGAAAUGUUGAAAAGUAAUUUGUUAAUGUGUCACUGUCUCUGCAGGUGCUUGAAACUUCUCAAUGGUAGAUUUAGACAGAGUUUAAAAUUGUAUCAGAUUUAAGCUAUAAUCACACUAGGCUCUCAACUUGAGCACUUCUUUGCAAGAGGACAUUAGUUAUGCCAGUUGUGGGACCUAAAAUACAUUAUAAAAAUUUUGAAUGACAGUAUAGCUAGAGGAAAAAUAAUUAAAAUUGAAAAUAUAGAUUGAAAACAACAAGUGUCACAUUCUGUUUUGUACAGAUGCAUUUAUUCUGCCAGCAGUUUUGUGGCAGUCACAGAACCACUGUGUGGGCUGAACUUUUAAUUCCUUAGUGCUUAAUUAGGGAGGGGCAGUGAAUCCACAGCUCCCCAAGGAAGAGCAGCAGCUAUCCCAUGUGGGAGUCUGGAAGGGCUCUGUUUUAUAUGGGAUGGGAAGCACUGCAGGUCAGGAGCAAGGGGAGGAUAUUGAAUGUGUGUGGAGAAUAAAGUGACUGUUUGAGGAUGUGACACAAUCCUUCCCCAGUCCUUCCCCACUCACUGUUUCCAGGCUGAUAAAUCUCUCACUUCUCCCAGUACUGGGCAGUCAGUUAUUGCUGUGUUCCCUCUGGAACUAUCUCAGCAGCAAAAGAAUGAGAAAUCUGAGCUAUAUAAUCUCAAUUUCACACAUGUUUACUCUCACAGAGCAAGACCGGUGUUCUGGUCUUGGGUUAUGCCAUUUGGCUUCACUCCAGUUUGUCUGUAGUUGUGUUGGGAUUAGGGUGAAGAGCACCAGUAUCCCAAGUGAUGUGUGCACAAGGCAUUUUGCAAAUUGUUUAAAGAAUUACAGUCCCAGCUCUGAGAGCCCUUAAUACAAACUGAUCCUGUGCUGCCAGGGUCUGGCUUUUCUUCCCUGUGCCCUGCAGAGAUGCUGGUCAGAUCAAGGUGCAUAGCUGCUUUAGGUCAGCUCUGGCUGCAGAAGCCUUGGGUGUGGUGUUGCCUCCUCCUCUUGGGUUCUUAGAUAGUGGCACCUACAGAAACUUCCAGUAUUGUCCUCAGCUUUCUUCUUAAUCCCCAAGGGCUUUGGAAUUGCCAAGCAUGAGUGUCCUGGAGUACUAGUGUCUCCAGUCUGCUGGAGCUGGACACUAACCAUGUCCAGCUCAAGCCACUCUGCUCUGAUUUAUAAACUUGCAAGGAAUUGCAUUUCAGUUCUGAGGAUAAGAACUUGUUUUGUUCCACUGAGUUCAGCAGCAGCAGAAUGUUCUGCAAGAGAGCGUUUAAUGGCUCUGAAUAAUGUCUUAGCUACAUUUGUUAGUUACAUAUGAAAAAAAGAAAAUGUUGUCGUGGACAGAAGGAUCUUUUUUUCUUCACUUCUUUAACAAGAAGUUCGUGGAUGUCUAUCUGUGUUCAAAUAGUGGAAGUCUCCAUGGAAUUCUUUCCAUUCCC